AUGAGCAGCUUGGCGGCCGCAAGGGCGGACAACUUCCGCUACCCGCCAGAUUUCGACCCCAAGAAGCAUGGCACCCUCAACAAGUAUCAUGGGCAGCACGCGCUGCGCGACCGCGCGCGCAAGAUCGAUGAAGGCAUCCUUAUCAUCAGGUUUGAGGUGCCGUUCAACAUAUGGUGCGGCAAGUGCGGGGAGCACAUCGCCAAGGGCGUGCGCUUCAAUGCCGAGAAGAAGCAGGUGGGUAGCUACCACUCCACCAAGAUCUGGGCGUUCACCAUGCGCCACCACUGCGGUUGCAGGAUCACGAUAGAAACGGACCCCAAAAAUGCGGAGUACGUCGUUAAGGACGGCGCACGCCGCAAGGUGGAAGAGUACGACCCGGCCGACGCGGGCACCGUGCAGCUGCCCGAUGAGGCGGAGCGCCACGCGCUCAACGCCGACCCGCUCUCGCGCCUGGAGCGCUCGACUGAGCAGGCACGGGCCGCGGCGACGGGGCGCGCGGCGCUGGCGGCGCUUGCGGCGGAUCGGGAGGAGAAGCGGGACGGGUACGCGCUCAACAAGCGGCUGAGGGCGCAGCUGAGGGCCAGCAAAAAAGAGGACGCCGCGCUGGACGACAGGCGCAAGCAGCUGGGCCUCGCAGACUCCAUCACGCUGCUGCCAGAGUCUCAGGACGAUGCCCAGGAGGCGGCGCUGGCGCUGUUUGCGGCAGACGACGGGUCAAAGUUCCGGAGCAGCUGGCAGGGCAAGAGGCGGAAGAUCAUGACGGAGGGCAUCAUGCCCGCCGGCGGCGGCGGAGGCGGUGCGGCGGCAGGCAGCGGCAGAGGCGGCGGCGGCAGAGGCGGCGGCGGGAGACGGGGGGGCGGCAGGGGUGUGGGGCCGGUGCUGUCGCCAGCGGCGCAGGCUUUGGCGGCGAGGGUGGUGCGGAAAGGUGGCAAGGGAUCGCUCCCCGGCCUGUGA